AUACAUAAAAGUGUGAAACGGCACAGUGUCUGCCGUUUCCCGAUAAGCCCGGUGAUUUUUGGAACAAUCUCUUCUUCUAUGUUCUUCUUCGCCUUCCUCUUUUCACUUCAUGUUUCAGAGGGAGAGAGAGAAAAGCAUGUGUAAGAGUAAACCAAGCUCAAAAUUCAACACCAAAACAUGCUUCUAAGCUCUGGCCUUGGAUUUAAGGUCUUGUCUCGGACACAGACUUCUUUGUUUCAGAUAGAGGAAAAGAAAACAACAAAAAAAGCUCAACUUUUUUCCGUCUUCUUUCUUUACAUUUCAAGGUGCACUUGAGUAGAAAGCAUGACCAUUCGGAAAAUUCAACAAUUCCAGAAAUAACACAACAGAGGUUCACAGAUCUGUGAGGUGCGGGAACGACAACCUCAGGCCUUGUUUUCUUUUCCCUUUCUAUUCUCCAGACCUUAACACCUUCCACAAAACCCGAUCCAACAAUGUUCAAAGUAAAAGCUAUAAACAAGCAAAUACAAGCCGAAGUCAAAAGGAGUUUGGUGCAGAUCCGCGACCCAUUUGCGAAAUUUGCUGCUUUAGCUUAAAAACAAAGCGCGAAGAGUUGGAUCAAAGGAGGUGAGGCUGUGGCUCUGCGACCUACUCAGUCUUUUGCUUUUGAAAGCUUUCUUUUCCUUCUGCGAUUGGGAAAAGCUUUAUCAAGGGCUUCUGACUUGGACCGCGAUUUAUCGGUGCGUAAAUAAAAGGCCUUUUUAUCACUACGCGGCCAAAGUACUCUCUGAUUCUGAAUCGUAGUCAUCAAUGCAAAGCACAUAGCAACAACAAAAACCCCACCCUCUGUGCACUCUCUCAUCCAUUGGCACUUUGACUCUAUUUUUCUUCUCUUCUCUCUCCAGUACUUUCCGUGGGAUAAGAGUGCAAGAAGAAGACCAAGUGGGGUGUGUAGCUUGGAAAAAAGGCGUGUCUGUGAUAUGGAAGAGGAUGAGAUUCAAGCACAGGCAGUGUGUAAGUUCCCUAGAGUUGGAAAUGGAAGGAACGACCAAUACCAAGAGGAGGAAGAAGAGGUAGACAUAAGAAGAAGAGGUAUUGGUGGCGGCGGCGGCGGCGGCGGAGGAGGAGGAGGAAGUGAUGCCAGCACAAACCAUUUCCAAAGCAGCUGGCACCACUCUUCGAGAAUCAUUAGGGUGUCUCGAGCGUCUGGUGGGAAAGACAGGCACAGCAAGGUGAUGACCUCAAAGGGGUUAAGAGACAGAAGGGUUAGGCUCUCGGUGACCACGGCCAUUCAGUUCUACGACCUUCAAGAUCGGUUGGGUUAUGACCAGCCCAGUAAGGCUGUGGAGUGGUUAAUCAAUGCUGCUUCCGAUGCUAUCUCAGAGCUUCCUUCUCUCAACAACCCCUUCCCUGAUACCCCUAAGCAGCCAAGCGACGAGAAAAGGCCAACCAGUGGUCAACGUGGGGUUCAACCACAGGCCUUUGAUGAUGCAGACGGAGACACCAAUUUCCUCCACCAAACCCAAAACCAAAGCCAGAACCUCUCUCUCUCCAAGUCUGCUUGCAGCAGCACUUCCGAGACAAGCAAGGGUUCGGGCCUGUCCCUCUCUAGGUCUGAGAUCCGUGUGAACCGUGUGAAGGCAAGGGAGAGGGCAAGGGUAAGAGCUGCAAAAGAGAAGGGAAAAGAUAGGGACAAGGAGAAGGAGAAAGAGAAAGAGAACGAGUCUGGCAUUGCACACCACCACCACCAUCACCACCACCACAAUGUCAACAACCCCAACCAUAUGUCUCACACUGCUUCCUUCACCGAGCUUCUCACCGGUGGGAUUGGGAGCACAGUAACGGUUAACCCCACCACCACAGCAAGUCCUAAUGGAUCAUCUGUUCAUCAGAUCCAUGAGGGUCACGACGAGGCCAAUAUAUUCAACAAGGGAAGACAACAACAACAACAACAACAUUGGUCUUCAGCAGUGACACCUAUGGACUACUUCAGCCAAGGAGGCCUCUUGGUGGGACCUUCAUCAUCAUCUGCAAGAACUCAACACCAACACCAACACCAACAUCAAUCUUCUUCGGGACAGUUCCAAUUGGGACAUGCCCUUCCCAUCUCACCAUUCAGUGGAGAAAACCAGUCGGAUCAGAUGCAGCAUUUUUCGUUCAUGCCAGACCACCUGAACAUGCCGGCCGUGGUGACUUCUUCUUCUUCUGCUUCUCAGCCCAGCGGGGGUGACAAUUACAACCUCAACUUCAGCAUCUCUUCGGGCCUUGCUGGUUUCAAUAGGGGGACCCUUCAGUCCAAUUCUCCGUCCUUUUUGCCUCACCUCCAGAGGUUUCAACCUUUAGACGGAUCAUCCAAUCUACCUUUCUUCAUCGGAGCUCCUGCUCCUUCUUCUGCUCCUCCAACCAUUGACAGCAACAACAAUAACAACAACAACCACCACCACCACCUUCAGUUCUCUCCCGUCUUCGAUGGCCGCUUGCAACUUUGCUAUGGCGAUGGAACAAGGCAUUCUGACCACAAGGGCAAGGGAAAGAACUAACUUCCUCCAGGAACACCACGUUUAUUUUCUUCCUGAUUUUGACCCAAUGGACAUCAGCCUCAUGCUUGGAAGGGAGGUAAAACCAAUGUAUGGUGGAAUUUGAAGCCUUAAAAGUUUUACAUUUCAAAAUUUAAGGAUAGAGAAGUUGCUAUGAUGAUUGAGAUCUUUACUCUUACCUACCUCACCUUAAGUAUGAGUUAGGACUACAUGUAUUGCACAGAUUAGUUUUCAAUAAAUGAAGCAUACAAUUUUGAAAAGCCUCAAAUAUUGUUGACAGAUGUUUGGGAUUUUAUGUUCUGGAGAAGUUAGUGUUGGAGAAGUGCAGAAAAUUUAUUGAUCAGGGCAAGAAAGUGGUUCACUAGAAAGCAACGGUGAAGGUUGUGAUGUUUUAAGUAAAAGAAAUUGGUUAAGGAAAAUGAAAGUUUUGGGACUGAGUGGAUUCAGAAUAUCACAUUAUAGAAGCAAGAAGAGAAAAGUGGAUUCUUGCUGAAAAAAUUGAAUUUGCAACAAAAAAGUAUGGUAUUUUCCUAGUACCAUAAGAAGUGAAUCCUAACCAUUUUAUAUUGUAAACAAAAUGCAAUAGAUUCAAAAUAUAGACAGCUGAACAGAGAAAGACAAGGGAAUAGCAGAAAUUUCUGUUCAGUUUAAGGUGUCUUUGUUUAUUCAACACAGUCUUGCAAUAACUAGAUUCACUGACCUUGCUGGUUGAAUUUUGGGUUUUGAUUUUAGGCCAUAUACAUUAAAAAGGUCACUCAUUUUUAUAAAUUAUCAUACAUUUCUAAAUUAUGAUAAACUGUUAAGUUUUGUAAGUUACUAAUCAUGCUCUUAUUCAGUGAUAUUUGCUUAUUGUGAAUCACUGUUUUCUAAGGUGUAAUUUGAUGUUGAGGAGUUAAGUUAGACAUAACAAAAUGCACAUUAUAUGUUCAUAGCUAAAAAUAUCUUCUGCAGUUUGGUUAACCAUUGUCUGUGCUAUCUCUCUACUUUCCAUAAUCAUAUUGAAAUUUCUGAAUUGUUUUCUUAUA